AAUCUCCCGGCAGAGUAGGAAAGGCCAGCCUCGCCCUGAGUAAACUCCCCCCACGAUGGGCGUGCAACCCCCCAACUUCUCCUGGGUGCUUCCGGGACGGCUGGCCGGACUGGCGUUGCCCCGGCUGCCCGCGCACUACCAGUUCCUGCUGGACCAGGGUGUGCGGCACCUGGUGUCCCUGACGGAGCGCGGACCCCCUCACAGUGACAGCUGUCCCGGCCUCACGCUGCACCGAAUGCGCAUCCCUGACUUUUGCCCGCCGUCCCCGGAACAGAUCGACCAAUUUGUGAAGAUCGUGGACGAGGCCAAUGCCCGGGGAGAGGCUGUUGGAGUGCACUGUGCCCUAGGCUUUGGCCGCACUGGCACCAUGCUAGCCUGCUACUUGGUGAAGGAGCGGGCUUUGGCCGCAGGAGAUGCCAUUGCUGAGAUCCGGCGCCUGCGACCAGGAUCCAUUGAGACGUAUGAACAGGAGAAGGCCGUCUUCCAGUUCUACCAGCGAACAAAAUGAGGACUUCAACAGCCCGCCUUUCCCCCUCCCCAACUCCUGCGGCCAGGGAGGAAGGGGAGUGAACUAAAGUACUGCAUCCUUCAGGUCCCUCUGACUCCUAUUGGACAAAAGUAGUCCUUCCCCAAAGCCAUAACGUGGCCGGCAGGAUGGCCGAGACCCCACAAAAAUGAGGUAAUAACUGAUAAGAACUCAUCACCGCUGCAUAGCAUGUACACAGCACUCCCAAUACAUCUGGGUGGUUGAAAAGACAAAAAAAAAAAAAACAAAAAAAAAAAAAAAAAAACCACUUCUGUUCUUUGGAUGAGGUGUCUAGAGUUCAGAAAGGCCUCCGGUCACAGUUCUGGGAAACAGAAGGAUAGGCCAGGACUCCAGCACACACCUUUGUCAUCCUGAGGAUGAUGGGAUUCUAAGUGCUGUUCCCUGACAUGUGAUAGAGGAGAACUGGUCAGUGAAGGAGACCCAUGUCCCUGGCCACAUGGCCUCCAAGCAGCCUCAGGCCGCUGCACUCCUACACCAGCAGUGCCCCCUUGACAUCACCCCUUAUGUAGGGUCAUCCGUCCUACCUGAGCCACCUUUGUUCUCUCAGGGUACAGAAGACCUGCAUAUCGUGCUACAGAUGAGGUCUCUCUCUGUCUUAUCUGUUUCUCUCUUGGUCUCCCCCUCCCACUCUCCCUCUUAAUCUCCCUCUCUCCCUCCCCCUUCCUCCCCCCACCAGGGCUGGCCACCUCUUACCAGCCUCAGGUGACUCAGCUCAUCUGUCACCUCCAACCCCUAUGUCGUCCCCAGCCUCAGACCAACGAAUGCUGAAACUGUGUCUUGGUGGUUUUAGAGUGGAUAUUAAGUGAUCAAAUAAAUAACUCUGGGACUAUGAA